AUGGCCGUUAACGAGAUUUCGAGCCAAAUAUUGAACGAAAUAAAUCCUAACGUUACACCUAUAUCAUCAACUGUUGUCGAAAAAGUUCCAACACCAACUUUUGAUUAUGCUGAAUUUUUACGUGGUUUUGAUUAUUACGACGUGUAUCAAGCGAUUGGAAUCUGGUAUGCAUAUCAAACUUGCGAUAAAAAACAAUUAAUGAAGUUUGAUAGAUUCUCAAAGAACGUAGGUGAUAGUGAAUAUUGUAAACUUAUACUUACUCGGGAACUUGUUAAGUACAUUGUCAGUCGUUCUCCAACAAUUGAUUAUCUAGCUUUGGAUGCUGAACGAAAAAUUCCACUUGAUUAUUGGUCAUUUUCUCGUUUUCCUGGUGCUAGAAAUUGCCUAUCCUAUUUACGAACAUUUGUAUGUCGUGGAAGUUCAAAUAAGCUAGAUGUUUAUACUUCACUUGCACAAUGGUGUAAUAGCAUUGAAUCAAUGACACUUUAUGAAAUUGGUGAUGAUGAUCCUAAAGCUGAAGCGUUAUCAAGUUUAAUCCAAGGUCAGCGUAGGCUUUGUAAAUUUAUUCUAUGGGGUGGAACAAGUAAUCAAUUACCUCAAAUCAUUCAUGCUUUGACUUUCCAUGGUUUCGGACUUAAAUAUCUGGAAUUUCGAUUUUGUAAUUUUGAACAAUGCCAACAACCUCUUGACACCAUUGCAAUGUCAUGUACUGAGAUAACUACUCUUAAAUUUAUUCAAUGUGGUGAUCUUCAAAGUAAUAUUACUCCAAAUUUGUUGAAUCCAAUAUUUCCUGAUCUCGAGGUCUUGGAUUUACAAGGAACACAAAUUCCAUCUGAAGCUUUAGAGACAAUUUUCAAAUGUGCAAAUAUUGAUCUACGAAAAAUUAAUAUAGAAAAAACGGAAAGUCGACAUUCUCGAAUAAUAGAAAGUAUAGCGAAUAAUUGCACGAACGUUACAAAGAUCAAAGCACGGUUGACAAAAGAUAAAAUGACACAACUUUCUAAACUAUUUCAAUCAUGUAUUAACCUCGAAAGUUUAACCUUAUACGGUCCAUUACCCGAUCGAUUAUACAUUUUUACUCAAGAUGCAAGUGAUGAUCUAUUGGUUAAUCUUCGUGAAAUAGUUCCUGCUACAUUAAAAGAAUUAGCGUUAAAAACUGAUUGUGCCUUUACCGCAUCAGCUAUAGAAAUAUUUCUUAGAGAUUGCCAUGCAGAUUUAAAUAGAUUAGAAUUUAUUUCUUAUGGAAGUGUAUGGCAACAUUUAAAUGUUAUUAAGAAAUAUGCAAAAAGGCGAGGAUUGAAAAUAAAAGAACAAGUUGCAGGAAAUUAUAGUGAAUUAUUGAUGAGAGAAUUAGGUCAUAUUAUUGUAGAAUUUGAGAAUUUGGAAUAA